GCGAUCAUCGGAGGAGGUCCUGUUGGCUGUCUCGCCGCUCUAGGAUUGGCCGAACGAGGGUUUCAAGUGACAAUGUACGAAAGUCGGAGCGAGGCGGAAGCGCAAGCCCCGUCGCUUCGAAGUAUCAACCUUGCCAUCUCUACUCGAGGUCUGGCCGGUCUGAGCAGCGUGAGCGAGUCGCUGGCAAGCGAUGUUCUGGCUCGCGCUGUACCUAUGCGAGGAAGAAUGAUCCAUUCGCAACGAGGAGACCAGCAGAGUCAGAGGUAUGGAGCAGAGGGAGAAUGCAUACACUCGGUAGAUAGAGCCAGGUUGAACAGGUUGUUGCUAGAACGAGCGCAAAAGCACGCAAGAGUGGAGGUGGUGUAUGGGCACAAGCUGAGGGCAUUGGACCUGGAUGCGCAACCGGCGCAGCUCACCUUUGCUGGAGCACAUGGAGCACGCGCGGCAGAUCUGGUGGUCGGAUGCGAUGGGAUGCAUUCGGCUGUGAGGGACAGCGUGGCUCGAGCGACCACUUUGGAUUUCGCGAGGGAAUACAUCGACUCUUUGUACGUCGAGCUAUCCAUGCCAGCAGCCAAGCCGGGCCAAGCGAGCCUGGAAGGAGGUUUCGUCAUCGAUCCACAUCAUCUUCACAUUUGGCCACGACACAGCUUUAUGCUCAUCGCUCUUCCCAAUCCCGACAAGACCUUUACCUGCACCCUCUUUGCCCCCGCUGACAUCUUCGAGCAUCAUCUCUCCGACCCCACAUCCACCAUUGCCUUCUUCGAGCAACACUUUGCGGAUGCGCUGCCUUUGAUCGGUCGACAGGCUAUCGUGAAGGACAUUUUGUCUCGCAAGCCUAGUCCUUUGGCUAGCGUCAAAGCGAAACCGUACCACUACGCCGACAAGGCCAUCUUCAUUGGCGAUGCGGCUCAUGCCAUGCUACCGUUCUACGGACAAGGCUUGAAUUGUGGCUUUGAGGAUGUGCGGGUUCUCCUGCAACUCAUAGACAAGCAUUCUUCUCGCCAAAGAAAUGGCGCCGACUACUCCAACACCAGACACGACGACCUGGUGGCGAUCUGCGAGCUGGCUAAGAACAACUACAAGGAAAUGUCAAGCAAGGUCAUUUCGCGGACGUAUCUGCUGCGCAAAGCGUUAGACACGGUGUUGAUGAGUAUUCUGCCCCGAUCAAUAUGGUCAAGCCUAUACUCCAUGGUCACCUUUUCCAAUCUGCCCUACUCACAAGCUAGAGAUAGAGAGAGGAGGCAAGCAAAAGUGGUC